UCGCACGGUGUGGUGGUGCUGCCUGUCCGCCAGACUCAAUCUCACCCUCAUUGGAAACGGACUUUCACUCACAAAGCUCAAAACUUAUUUACAAUCUUCAAUUAAAAUUUGUCUCGUAAUUUCCCAAAUUAAUUUCACGACCCUCCAAUUUCCUCCUGAAUUUCUCUCAGUUUCCAUUUUUUCCUCCCAUCCCAUCAUUAUGCCGAUCUGCAUAUUGACGUGUGAAGCUCGCAGCGGCUAUCCUAAUUCCUGGCACAUCUCGAUUUUAGGUUUAGAUGUCGAGCUUGCAAGCGAAAUGAGGUCACGCCAUACCGAACUUAACCCCGGAUCAGGGUCAGCCGUGGACACUUGUAUUGUUCAUUAUAAGCGAGAUCUGCCCACCAGCCCUGAAUUGGUCGUACACAAUGGCGUCAGGGACACAUUUAGGGCCAUGAGCAAUAGGCCGGAAGCGAUUUUGAAGUUGGCUGCCAAAUAUAUCAACAGCUUGGAAAGUUUACAUUAUAAGCUGAAGAGCACCACGGCCGAUGUCUCCGAAGGAAAGAGCAAGUGGACCUUUACUUUGCGAAGUCCGCCGAGUAAAAGUCCAAGUUCGAAGUGGAAACAAUGUAUUAAAUGAAGUAAUCAUUGCACCAUUUUUUGAUCGCGAUGUUUCAUAAUCACUUGAAAAAUGAUUGCUGCUAUUCGUGAAUAGUUAAUUUGUCUAUCGCAAAGAGCAUGCGCAAGUUAUUGUAUGUAUAUUUUUCUAUCCCAUUAAUUUUUUUGGGGAAUAAUAUUAAAAUAAAAUGAGGCAUUUGCCUCUUUAAUAUUGCAAAAUG